AUUUACUUUUAUCAUUUUUUCUGAUUUUUGCUACUGUUACUGCUAUGAUAUCUUCUGUCAAGCUGCCAUCUCAGCCAAUCCAUGGCUCGGAUUUUCUCCACGGGAUGAGGAAGACCGUCGGCCGGCGCUCGCCGGCUUUGCAUCCUCUGGCGGCGGAGAAAACCCGCGGGAGCUCCGCCGUUUCUCUCUCUAGGCCGCUCCAUAUUUCGAGGGUGGUGGUGGGGUUCUCGAACAGUAGAGACAAGGAUGAGCGAUCUAUGAUCACGCGCGGGGCUUUUGAGGCCGACCGAUCGGAGCCGAUCGGUCAGCAGCCGGCGGCGGCGGCGGAGUCGGCGAGGAGGUUGAAGAUCGGGAUCUAUUUCGCUACGUGGUGGGGCUUGAACGUGAUCUUCAACAUCUACAACAAGAAGGUGCUAAAUGCGUAUCCUUUUCCCUGGCUAACCUCGACGCUGUCGUUGGCCGCUGGUUCGCUAAUAAUGUUGAUUUCUUGGGCGCUCAGAAUUGCGGAGACUCCAAAGACUGAUCUCGAUUUCUGGAAAUCCCUUUUCCCGGUUGCUGUUGCGCAUACAAUUGGGCAUGUUGCGGCUACUGUGAGUAUGUCUAAGGUGGCAGUUUCAUUUACGCACAUAAUAAAGAGUGGUGAGCCUGCUUUUAGUGUCUUGGUUUCAAGAUUCAUACUGGGAGAGACUUUUCCGCCAUCGGUGUAUCUGUCCCUUCUUCCUAUUAUCGGCGGGUGUGGUCUGGCAGCUCUCACCGAACUUAACUUCAACAUGAUUGGUUUUAUGGGGGCCAUGAUCUCGAAUUUGGCAUUUGUUUUUCGGAAUAUAUUUUCCAAGAGGGGCAUGAAGGGGAAUUCGGUCAGCGGAAUGAACUAUUAUGCCUGCUUGUCCAUCAUGUCUCUCUUAAUUCUCACUCCAUUUGCAUUUGCUGUGGAGGGACCACAGCUAUGGGCAGCAGGUUUUAAAGAUGCCUUGUCUCAAAUUGGACCCCAGAUUGUGUGGUGGAUGGCGGCCCAGAGUAUAUUUUACCAUCUCUACAAUCAGGUGUCUUACAUGUCACUGGAUGAGAUUUCUCCUUUGACAUUUAGCAUAGGAAACACUAUGAAGCGUAUUUCGGUCAUUGUCUCGUCUAUCAUUAUCUUCCAGACACCUGUUCAACCUGUCAAUGCUCUCGGAGCAGCAAUUGCCAUUCUUGGAACUUUCUUAUAUUCUCAGUGUCUUGUCCUUAUUUCGGGCAUGAGUACCUUUCUUGCUAGAGUUGGAUUGGAUGAGAGGCGAAGCAAUGAAGAACAUGCAAGUAGGAAGUCGAGUGAAGUCCAGCAGCACAGACGGACACAAAGUAUGAAGAUUUGUGCUUGCUUGAAGGAUAUGAUUAGAUAAAUUUGUGCGUGGCUAUUAGAGUGGAACAGCGGCAUUACCUGUAGAUAAUAAUAAUGAGUUUCUGUGGACCUCUUUCUAUCUAUCCUAUUCUAUUUAGUUGAAUUAGGUUUUCAUGCAAUGGUGUGAUUCUUGUUAUGUAUACCUAGAGAAUUUUGAAAAAGUUGUACUCAUAAAUAAUGGCGAGCUUGGCCAUUUGUUUUCUGGGAAUGAAGACUCAGUCGAAGUGUGUGUGGGUCGAUCACUCAUCGUGAUAAGAUGUCUUAACUCAACACAACCUCUUUUUCUUUCUUUGAUUUUUUCAGGUUCUUAAUAUCAGAAAAAUCAUUAAUUGUUCA